AUGUCCGCAAGUAAAUUAGACGCCGUUUAUCGAAGUAUACUCUUAACGAAAUUUUUUACCAAAGGUUGGGGAAAACCAGAAAAUUUAAAGAGGUUAUUUGAGUUUAGAAAAGUAGUGUCAAACCGCGACGAAUGCUUUAAAUUAGUUGAAAGAGAUUAUCCAGUGACCAUCACGAAGGAACAAAAACUCUCAGACUGUCAUAUGCUAGAAGGAUAUUUUUUAACACCGUUGGAAAAGUAUCUGCCAGGCAUAGUACCCCAAAUAGCUCAAAAGGCACACUUCCAAAUACUAUUACCAGUACAAUGGCCCGAUACCCGCUGCAAACCUGUAUGCUUACAUUUAGCAGGAACUGGAGAUCAUUUUUUUUGGCGACGGAGAAACCUAAUGGUUAAACCUUUAUUGAAAGAAGCAGGUAUUGGAGGAAUAAUUCUUGAAAAUCCUUUCUAUGGACUUCGAAAACCUACUGAUCAAAUUCGAUCAUCACUUCAUAAUGUAUCGGACAUAUUUGUGAUGGGCGGUUGCUUGAUCCUGGAAUCCUUGGUGUUGUUCCACUGGUGCGAGCGAAACGGCCUUGGACCGUUAGGAGUUACAGGACUUUCUAUGGGCGGGCAUAUGGCGUCCCUCGCAGCAACAAAUUGGCCAAAACCUCUCGUAUUAGUACCGUGCCUGUCUUGGUCCACGGCGUCUGCUGUUUUCUUACAGGGCGUCAUGUCUCAAUCUAUUAACUGGGAUCUCUUAGAGGAUCAGUACUUGUCUGAUGGUGUCUAUAGAGAAAAACUGUCAAAAAUGGUGACGAUAGUUGAUGAAGCAUUUCUUGCUGGAAAAAAAUUUGCGCGCACUUAUACUGAAAACAUGGAACGAAGCCCACCCCACAUCUCUCAAAGAAACACGCAAGAUUGUGGGAUAGAUUUGAAAGAAGACUUGAAAAGGCUGGUAGAUGAUAAUAAAAUAAGUAAACGUUUAUAUGAAAAACUUACAUCGAAUAGAAAUUUUGAAUUGGAACUGCGAGAUAUUGACGAUAUAAAUAAAUUACAUGAUGGCAGAAUCAAACGGCUAUUACUAAAAAUAAAAGGAGAUCUUCAAAAAGAAGAAACUGACCAAUUGAAGAAAUCUAGUAAUACAACAACAGGGGUGCCAGAUGUAAAUAACAACAAAACAACAAAAACAAUUUUAAAUGUUGAAAAAGAUAAUAUUUCCGAAAAUAAAACAUCACUAGCAAUCAAAGAUAAAGAAAGUAUUAGUGCAUUAGUUCCAAAGGAAGGACAAAUCGAUAAACCGGAACGAAGGUCUUGGAACGUGUCAGACCUCACAUCAGAUCUUUGGGUCAAUUUGCCUUUCAUGAAGCCGAGUGGGAAAAAGAUAGAUAUAAGCAAAAUACAUUGGAGAGACAGAGAGGCACUACAGUUUAUGCGAGGGAUCAUGGACGAGUGCACGCAUUUGAGCAACUUCUCCGUGCCUUUCGAUACUUCUUUGAUUAUUGCGGUGUGCGCGAAGCACGACGCGUACGUGCCUCGCGAGGACGUCGGCACGCUGGAGGAGAUCUGGCCCGGCGCGGAGGUGCGCUACGUGGACGCGGGGCACGUCUCCGCGUACAUACUGCAUCAGUCGCUUUUCAGAUCUUGCAUAAAGGAAGCCUUCGAGAGAUCCAAGAAAAGAUGGCAAGAUGGAAAACACAUAGUG